AUCAUUUCCUGAUGAUGUCUGGCUCAGAGAGGAAGGACAAUGUGUUUCAACGUCUCCUGCUUUAAAAAAAAAGAAAAGAAAAGUGUAUUUAUGUUCGUUGAGAAGAAGAAAUCCACAAACUGUGGAGUUUAAACAGAUAAGGAGAGUUCAUUUUUCUUUUACAGGUCAAGAGGCCAGUUAAUGAUUAGUGAGACCCAAGUGGGUGUUUGCUGUCCAAAACUUUGAGAGGCUGGCUUGUAGGAACUCGGCUUCACCCCAGCUGUGAGACUUGAAGCUCAGCGAUGCCCCCAGGCCUCAGGAAGAGACUCUUCUGCUCAUGGGGGCUCCUUUUGUGGCUUAGCAUUGGAAGUGCAGGAGAUGCACCUCCUACCGCACAGACAAAGUGCACUGACUUCCAGAAUGCUAAUCUUCUCCAAGGCACCAAUCUCAAAGUCCAGUUUCUCCUCUUCACCCCUUUGGAUCCCAGCUGUGGGCAGCUAGUGCAGGAAAGUAGUGACAUCCAAAACUCUGGGUUCAAUGUCACUCUGAGAACCAAACUACUCAUCCAUGGAUUCAGGGCUUUAGGUACAAAGCCUUCCUGGAUUGAUAAAUUCAUUGGCAGUCUUCUUCGGGCAGCAAAUGCUAAUGUGAUUGCCGUGGACUGGGUUUAUGGUUCUACAGGUGUCUACUUCUCAGCCGUGGAAAAUGUGGUUAAGCUGGGACUUGAGAUCUCCCGUUUCCUCAGAAAACUCCUGGUGCUGGGUGCGCCAGAGUCUUCAAUCCACAUUAUUGGAGUUAGCCUGGGGGCCCACGUUGGGGGCAUGGUGGGACAUUUCUACAAAGGCCAAUUAGGACGGAUCACAGGCCUGGACCCCGCUGGACCGGAGUACACCAAAGCCAGCCUGGAGGAGCGCCUGGACCCUGGAGAUGCCCUCUUCGUGGAGGCCAUCCACACAGAUGCUGACAAUUUGGGUAUCCGGAUUCCUGUUGGACACGUGGACUACUAUGUCAAUGGAGGCCAAGACCAGCCUGGCUGUCCCACCUUCAUUCAUGCAGGUUACAGUUACCUGAUCUGUGAUCACAUGAGGGCUGUGCACCUCUACAUCAGUGCCCUGGAGAAUUCCUGUCCACUCGUGGCCUUUCCCUGUGUCAACUACAAGGCCUUUCUUGCUGGACAAUGUCUGGAUUGUUUUAACCCUUUUCUACUUUCCUGUCCAAGAAUUGGGCUCGUGGAACAAAGUGGUGUCAAGAUAGAGCCUCUCCCCAAGGAAGUGAAAGUCUUCCUCCUGACCACUGCCCGGGCUCCGUACUGUGUGCAUCACAGCCUCGUGGAGUUUUACUUGCAGGAGCCAAGGAACAAGGACACCCUCAUCUCUGUCACCUUCCUGAGCAGCAAUAUUACUUCCUUGGUCAAGAUCACCAUGUACUCAGGGUCCAGUCCAGAAACCAGAGCCCAAGCCCGGAGUCCAAGAGAAGGAAUUGAACCCAGGGAAUUAAUUACAAAUGUGUAAGGAGAGCUGAAAACCCAAAAGGUUAGUGGGGAGGCAGUGCAGGGAUCAGCAACAGGGAAGGGGCCAAUGGCCUGUGGGGUUGUAGGAACAGAGCCCUGGUGGUGGUGGUGGUGGUCAUGGUGUUGGUAGAGUGCCAGCUGGAUCCACCGAGGGAGGGGGCUGCGUGGUGGGAGCCGGGAAAUACAGCCCCUCUGGAAUCACAGCCCGAAGUGGUCUCCCCACUAAGUGUGCCUCCUGCAAGUUAGACCUCGCUGGGACCUGCCGGCAGGGGAGCCUGAGACGUGUGGGUUGCGAGGGGCAGGAUGAAGCACAAACAUGCAAACACAGGAAUGAGUAGUGCAUGUGCACGGAUGUGUCCAAUUGUCCACAGCGGUGGGUGUCAGGAGAACAGAUAAGACAGAGCCAGACCAAGGCUGAGAAGGUGACGUUUGAGUAGUAAUUCGCAGGAGUUACCCAAUGGAGGGUUGGUGAGAAUGCAGCCCAGGAGCAGGAGCGGAGAGCAGGGGGGAAGCACUGGGAGAGAAGGCUGGGGCGGGGGCGCAGCUCAGGGCCAGACCGUGCGAGGUUUGAAGGACCGAUUAGGGAUUUUGGUUUUUAUCUCGAGAGCAGUUUGGGAGCCAGUGGGACUUUGAAGCAGAAAAGUGACUGGAUCAGAUUGGAAUUUGGAAAGAUUCCUCAGGCUGCAGCGUUAGACAUUAAUUGUACUAGCAGGGGAGACGGAUUUCCGCCCAGAGGAGCACACUUCUGGACUCCCAUACACCCUGCCACCAGCCAGGGCUCCGGCUCACACAGGCCACAGAGAGAGAGGGAGGGUGGGCAGGCAGGAUCCCAACACAGACCUUCAUGUGCCCACCUAAGUCUUGCAGAUAAUAGCUGAAUAAUUUUCAGUAGAUCAGUCUGAGGUCGUGUUAUUUCCACCAGGUGUUUUCAUUGCUUCUCCUGUGCUUUGGUAGAUGAGAUGAAGCUAGCAGGAGUCAACACAAUGACACACAACUGGCCUCUGGUUAGAAUCACCAGAAGAGCAAUAAACCCCACUGACCCCUCCCCAGCCAAGCCCCGCCCCAGGUCAAUUACUGCUGAGUCUCUGGAUGUAGCCUCAACCACUACACUUUUAAUUAAAGGAUUUUUUUUAAAGAAUGUAUUUA